UGAGGGGAUUAGUCACUGCUAUCAGCGAUGGACACCUUGGUCCUUUAAAAAAAAAAAAACCUCUUUUUUUACAAGGUAAAACACUAAAAUCUCAUACACCUCAAACCUUCCAUCCAAGCUAGACACAAAGAACUACAACUCCCUAAACUCCAAGACUAGUCACUUUCUCUCUCUCUCUCUUCAAUAACUACAUUUGUUUUUCCUUCUGCUUCACAGAUCACACAUAAAAUCAAACCCUUUUUUUCCCUUUUUCAAAGUCCUGCUCAUAUCAUAUUCCCAUAAAAAUCCCACUUUUCAUAUCAUAUUCCUCAAGUUUUUCCAAAAACCCAGUUUCUCAAACAAUUUUUUUUAUGGAAGAAACAGAAGAUACUACACCAACUACAAAUUUAACUCCUCAAAAUAGGAGGUUUAGAGAGAGAAAUCAUCACCACAACAACCACCAUUAUCAACAAUAUCAUAGUAAUAAUCAUACUAUUGUUCCUUAUAAUAAUAGUAAUUAUCAUAAUUAUAACAACCUGUUUCAUUUGCACCAUUCUAAUACUUAUAGAUUAAUUGGGUUUUUUAAUCAAAACUUACAACAUCAUCAUCAUCAUCAUCAACAACAUCAGAGUUACCAAGGUCUUCUUCCAUUACCACCAUUGUUACCAUUUCAAGAACCUUUUCAACAAAACCAGAAAUUCAGAGCAAAAACCCAAUUUCAUAAACCUUCAUUUAAACCCCAUAAAACCUCCUCUUCUCCUCUUCUUCCCACUUCCUCUCAAAAUGAUAGAAUCUUCUCACAAGUUGAUGAACAGCUUGGGCAAGAACUUAGUGUACUUAGCAUUAAGAAGUCUAAUGCUAUUGAUACUACAACACAAGCUUUAGUGGCUGCAAAAAGACCAGAUAAUGGUGGAGUUGAAGGGCAGGUUAUCUCUCUACUUGCUAACCAUUUUCGCGUAAAAUUCGAUUCAUAUCAGCCUAUCUUCCAUUAUAAUGUACAAAUCACUCCAAAUCCUUCAAAGGAAGUAGCUCGUUUAAUAAAGAAGCAAUUUGUUGAAGAAAAUUCAAGUUUGUUUUGUGGUGCUUCUCCUGCUUUUGAUGGUAGGAAGAAUUUGUAUAGUCCUAUUGAGUUUCGAAGCAGGAGGAUCGAGUUAUUUGUAAGUGUCCCGGUUGUUUGUGGUAGUAGCAAAUCAUGUGAGGUAGAAGUUGAGCAAAAAAAGGUUAAGGUAUUUAGAAUCAACAUUAAUCUUGUAUCGAAAUUAGAUGGAAGUGAUUUGAAGGAAUACUUAAACAAAGAGGGAGGUGAUUGGGUGGCACUUCCUCAAGAGUAUCUUCAUGCUUUAGAUGUUGUUUUGAGGGAAUGUCCUUACGAGAAAUGUGUCGCUUUAGGAAGAUCAAUGUAUUCUGUUUCGAUGGGAGGGGCUCGGGAAAUUGGAGGAGGAGCCAUUGGAUUAAGAGGGUUUUUUCAAAGUUUAAGGCCAACCAAACAAGGCCUUGCUCUGAAUGUAGAUUUUUCAGUGGCGGCUUUUCAUGAGAGUAUUGGAGUCAUAGAGUUUUUGCAAAAACGGGUCAAGUUUUUACACGAUUUACCUGAAAGGAAGGAAAGGAGUUUGACAAGUAAGGAGAGGAAGGAAGUUGAGAAGGAGUUGAAAAAUUUGAGGGUGUUUGUAUCUCAUAGAGAUGCUAUUCAGAGGUUUCGGUUUCAUAGCUUGACUGAGGAAGUUACUGAAAAGCUCUGGUUUGAAGACCGGGAUGGUAGGAGAUUGAAGCUUGUAGAUUACUUCAAGGAUCAAUAUGAGUAUGAUAUACAAUACAGGAAUCUUCCUUGUUUACAGAUUAGUAGGAGUAAACCAUGUUACCUUCCAAUGGAACUUUGCAUGAUUUGUGAAGGGCAGAAGUUUCUUGGUAAACUUUCAGAUGAUCAAACUGCGCGAAUAAUGAAGAUGGGAUGUCAAAAACCAAGAGAACGAAGAUCGAUCAUUAAUGGAAUUAUCAAUGGAUCAGUUGGACCAACAAGUGGCGGCAAAGGAGAAGAGUUCAAUCUACAAGUCUCUAGAGAGAUGACAAGGUUGAAAGGAAGAGUUCUUAGGCCUCCAAAGUUAAAGCUAGGAGAUAGAGGAGUUGUAACUGAUGUAUAUCCUUCUUGCAUUGAUCGUGAAUGGAACCUUUUAGGCGGGCAUGUAGUGGAAGGGACACGAAUUGAGAGGUGGGCAUUGAUGAGUUUUGGUGGAACUCCUGAUCAAAAAUCAAACAUCCCUAAAUUUAUUAGCCAAUUAUCUUUGAAGUGUGAGCAAAUGGGAAUUUUCCUCAAUAAAUCAUCUGCCAUCACCCCACAAUUCGAGCCCAUACAUGUCCUAAACAAUGUCGCUCUCUUGGAAAACAAACUAAGCAAAAUCAAAAGGGCAGCAUCCAACAAUCUUCAACUCCUUAUAUGCUUAAUGGAGAAGAAACAUAAAGGAUAUGGAGAUUUGAAAAGAAUUGCUGAUACCCGAGUUGGAGUUGUAAGCCAAUGUUGCUUAUACAUAAACCUUGGUAAACUAAAUUCUCAAUUCCUGACAAACAUGGCUCUUAAGAUUAAUGCCAAAGUUGGUGGAUCCACUGUUGCAUUAUUCAACUCGUUGCCCUCUCAAAUCCCCCGUGUUCUUACACAUGACGAGCCAAUAAUCUUUAUGGGAGCCGAUGUUACUCAUCCUCAUCCACUUGAUGACUCUAGUCCUAGUGUUGUGGCUGUUGUUGGGAGUGUAAACUGGCCUUCAGCCAAUAAGUAUGUGUCAAGAAUGAGAUCUCAAACACACCGCCAAGAGAUCAUCCAAGAUCUUGGAGAAAUGGUAAGUGAAAUACUUUGUGAAUUUUAUCAAGAAGUGAAAAGUCUUCCUAAAAGAAUCAUAUUCUUUCGAGAUGGAGUUAGUGAGACUCAGUUUUAUAAAGUCUUAAAACAAGAAUUGCAAUCAAUAAGAGCGGGAUGUGAUAAGUUUCCGGAUUAUAGACCAUUGAUCACAUUUGCAGUGGUACAAAAACGGCAUCAUACAAGGCUGUUCCCGGAUGAAACUGAUCCAAAUUGUUCCCAAUUCUGUGAUGAAAAUAUCCCUCCAGGAACAGUUGUAGACACGGUGAUCACUCACCCAAAGGAAUUCGAUUUCUAUCUUUGUAGUCAUUGGGGAGCAAAGGGAACAAGUAGGCCAACACACUACCAUGUCUUGUGGGAUGAAAGCAAAUUCACUUCUGAUGAGUUUCAAAACUUGGUUUAUAGCUUAUGCUUUACAUUUGUAAGGUGUACUAAACCAAUUUCUAUAGUACCCCCUGCUUAUUAUGCCCAUCUUGCUGCAUAUAGGGGUAGAUUGUACUUAGAGAGGUCGGAACCUGUGGUUUCAGUUAAGGGUGGAGCUUCUUCGAUGUCUCGUGCUGGUCCUCCGAAAGCGACUCCUCUGCCUGACAUUAGUGAAAAUGUAAAGAAGCUUAUGUUUUAUUGCUAAGUAUGUUCUUGAUGUUUUAUCUCAUGAAAGUAAUAUGAGCUAGUUUAGCAGCUUGUAGAUUGUGGACACGAAGUAUUCAUCCAGUUGAAUUGGAUCAGUGUAUUCUUGUUUAAUUUAGCUCAACAUCUUGUAUAAAUUAGCUUCAAUUGAUGAAUGGAAGCAUGUUAAUAUCGAUUUACUGUUUAUUGCAA